AUGAUUUCAGGUAUUAUAAAUACAAGAGUAAAUCCAUAUUUUUAAAGCAAUCAUAGAGGUGGAAGUGCUAUCAAAUAUGGACGAUUAGAAAAUAAUAGUAGUUUUCAAACUCCAAAAAUGAUUCUUUAAAACUCUGCCGAAGAGAAAUUGUUGGUACGAUAUAAAAUAAAAAUUUCAGAUAAAUUAAUAGGAAGCAAAUCAUUUAAGAUAAAGUCCUUCUUUUAAAUUAAAAAACACAAGAUUUCUGACUCCAGGAAAGACAGAUGAAAUAAGAAAAUAAUCUAAUAUUCAAGAAAGCUAUGCUCGUAAAACAAGAAUUACAGUAUUGGAGUCAUUCUAUCAUUAACUAGGAACUGAUGAUGACAUAUCAAUUAUAAAACAUACAAAGUAACCAAAAAGAAAAUUGAUAAAUAUAACUCCAUCUUCUUAAACAACGUAUAUGUCUAAAAAAACAUAAGAACUUGAAGAGGAAAGCAUAGAGGAAGCUCAUUUUUAGUUUGUACAAAUGUAAUAGAAAUAUAAACAAUGGUUAGAGAAUUUUGAAAAGAAAAAUGGAAAGCAAUUUUGA